AUGUCUGAGGCGUCAAUCUCGCUAUGUUUCUUGGGGUCUCUCUCCGACGAAGUGGUCGAUUUUGUGCGCGGCGUCGUCCGGAUCCUCGCAGACGCACGCGGGAUUGUGGUGGAAGAGCGUUCAGGAGAAUCAUCGCAGUCAAACCCUCCUACGUUGACUUUAGCAGCCCUCGAUGAUACUGAGCAUAGCAGCUCGUCAAUCCACAGCCUCUACGCCUUCCUCACCAACCUCUGCGCCGCCCUCGAAGCCAUCGGACGACACGCUGAAAAGUCCAGCCUACAGCAUGUCUUGGACCUCUGCAUAACGCCAACCGACCGGGGCGGUUUGGCGAUCAUCAGCAAUGACUCUUCAGGCUGGCCAAGCGAGCCGACGCAACUCCAGUCAGUGCAAUCUCUCAUUGAAGCCUGGCUCGAGGCCCUCAAUGCCACCGAGUCCGCUGCGCAGCUGCCCGCGCCUCUACCAGCCAAAACCCCAAACACAUGGCCCAUGACGCUGGCGGAGAAGAUCCUCGUGCAGCAUGCGUUUUCGCUGCCGUCGCCUCAGGGGGUACGGGUUGGAGAGCUCAUGCGUCUCUCGGUGGAUUGGGUCAUUGCUAGCGAGCUGUCCUGGGUGGGCAUGAAACACAGCAUGACAAGCAUCGGCGAGAAACCCACCGUCUGGCGCAACGAUCGGUUCUGGCUCGCUGGCGACCACACGGUCGACCCGCGCGUGUAUCAUCAGCCCCGUGUCCAGGAGCUCAUGGGCGGCAUGGAAGAGGCGAGGAAGACGUUCAAAAUGACCGAGAACCAAGGCUCCAACUAUACCAUCCUGCACACUGAAUUCGUCCGCGAGCGCGCAGAGCCAGGCAUGCUGGUGAUCGGCUCCGACUCACAUACCUGUUCCGGCGGUGCCGUCAGCUCGCUGGCUAUCGGACUAGGCGCAGCAGAUGUCAUGGCCGCCCUAGCGACAGGCGAGACGUGGAUCAAGAGCCCUGAGUCGAUCCGCGUGCAUUUCUCGGGGGAGCCGGCGUGGUAUAUCCGCGGCAAGGACAUCAUCCUGUACAUCCUGAAGAAGCUUCGGCGGAACACGCAUGCAGCUGAUCGGAUCGUGGAGUUUGGCGGGCCCGGUGCGAAGCAUUUAUCUUGUGAUGCCCGGUUUGCGAUCUGCAAUAUGUGCACGGAACUCGGCGCAAUCACCGGCAUCUUCGUGCCAGAUGAAGUCACGCAUCAGUUCGUGUCGAGCCGCCGACACAGUCGGUACCGAUCCAACUCGGUGUACUUCCAGCCAGACCCCGACGCAUCGUAUGCAGCAACCUUCCACAUUGACCUUUCCGAGGUCGAGUCCUUCGUCGCGCUAUAUCCCUCGCCAGACAAUGUGGUCCCCGUAACUGAGAAACUGGAUAUGCCGCUGGACGGUUGUUUCAUCGGGGCCUGUACAACGACGGAGGAAGACCUUGUGCUCGCCGCGUUGGUGCUCGAAGUAGGGCUGCAGCGGGGGUUAGAGCUAGCCAUCGGGAAGCGAAUGGUUGUCCCCGGGAGUCUGCCGAUCGUCAGUAGCCUGCGGGCGCUGGGUCUGUUGGAUUUCUUCGAGCGCGCCGGGUUCGAGCAGCCUGCUGUGAGCUGCAGUCUGUGCCUGGGUAUGGGUGCGGACCGAGCGGGCCAUGGCGAGAACUGGCUGUCGUCUCAGAAUCGGAAUUUCAAGAACCGCAUGGGCCAUGGAUCCGUUGGCCACAUCUGCUCUGCAGCCGUUGUGGCCGCCUCUUCCUUCAGUAUGAGAGUCACAGACCCGCGACCUCUGCUGAGCCAGAUCCGGCCGGAGAGGUAUCAAAGACUGCUAGACAAAUGCCGUGACUGGAGGGCAGCCGAACCCGCCGCUGGCAAACGCCCAGCCAAGAUUGCCCUUGCCAACCAGCGCACAAAGCCCGCCCCAAUGCCAGCAUACGUCGAGCCCUACCGGUCUUUCGAGCCGCGGGUUGCUCCCUCUCUAGACCAGCCACAGUCCACAGAACUUGAAAAGCCUCGUGAUUCGGAGGCCGGGAUAAUCAGGAGCAAGGUCUACGCCCUGGACGACUUCGUAGACACCGAUGCGAUCAUCCCCGCCGCCUUCAUCCUCGAAAGCCCCACCGACGCCCUCCUAGGCAGCCACUGCCUCGAAUUCACAAACCCCGACUUCCGCGACCAGGUCCGCGCGGGACUCGAGGUGGUCGUCGCCGGUAAAGCGUUUGGCUGCGGCUCGUCGCGCGAGGAAGCACCGCGGGCGCUGAAAGGCCUCGGCGUGAAAUGCGUCAUCGCAAAGUCCUUCUCCUUCAUCUACGGCCGGAACCAACCCACCAUCGGUCUUCUGGGGAUCAUCAUCACCGACGAGCGGUUCUAUGACCUUGCGCGCACAGGUGCAGCAAUUGAAAUCGAUACGUCUGCGCGGACGGUCACUGUUGCGGGGCAGAGGUUUGAGUUUGUUAUGGAUGAUAUGGAGUUGGCGCUUAUUCGGCGGAAUGGGCUUGCGGCGGCGUAUAAGUCGUUUGGAAAGGGGGUUUUUAGGUCGCUGUGUGCGGAUGUGCCGGGGAAGGCGGGGUACGAAGUUGAUGAAGUUGGGUUGGGGGGAGGGGUGGCGAAGGGGAGGGAGGAGGGGCUUGCCUGGUGA